ACUGCAGUAAGAAUGCCAUGGCACUUCUCUAAUCUCUGAAAUUGAACAGUCAGAAUAACAACUGUUAGUAGAGGUAUAAAGAUACUGCAAUUUGAUUAGCUGAGCUACUUGUAUUCCCAUCAGCCAUCAGCCAAUCAUAUCACCCAUUAGCUCACAGUAGCUGGUCAGGAGGUACUUUACAAAAUGGAGAUGCUUUCUAAUUCUUAAGAAAGAUUUAAAAAAACAGUAAGUGCUCAAAUUUAGCUGUCUUUGAGUCAUCUGAGAUGACCUAAACGUUUACCAGGCAGAUGAUGAGCUGUAUGAAUUUUGCAAUAAUUAAAACCUUGACUGAAAUUUUUAAGAUGGGAAACAGACAGGAAAAUUAAGAAGAAUUUGAGUGCUGCAUUUCCCCAUGAUAUAACGCUAUAUAAAUAACGUAUAGUCAGGUAGUUAUGUGCAGAAUAUUACAUGAAUUGUGCACUUUCGGCUAAAAGCGUGAAAUUUGGUGUAAGUGUAGGGUUUUUAUGCCCAUCAACAUCUGAUAUGGAGCCAGUGUAAAAAUGUACUCAGUGGGGUGUUAUAGGGGUGUUUCCAACAUGGCCGCCAUUUUGACCGGAAGUAGAAUGUAAAAUUACCGGAAGUUAUCAGAGGAGAAUCAAAACACCCUGGAAAGACAUUUUGUCUUAAUCCAAGAUACAAAAAUGUCUUAUUUAAAUGUUGAGGGAGGAAAAAAGUGAAAAACAUGGGCAAUGCAUCCUAUAUUCCACAAUGACAGCAACACCGAAAGUGAGAAGGCCCUUGAUUAUGAAAUGUUUCGUUUGAGAACAAGCAUAUGAUAAGGUUGAGAGUGAUUGUGCAAUGCGCUCUCUUAUACUUAUAUUCAAUUUUAUAUUUAUACUUAUACAAGAAACAAGAAUACUUAAAAAAAUACAGCCCUAUCUUGCAAUUUAUGACAUCUAUUUAUUUUCCUGUAAACUACUUCAAUUUAAUCUUAAGGUCAGCUUGCAUUGAGGUUUUGUUAUGCACCGAUAUAGGAUAGGAAAAAAAGUGUGUAAAAGACUUGCCGCAAAAUUUAUUUACAACUUACGGUGUCAAAACAGUGGAGCAUUUCUGCUCAAACAAAAUUGGCCGGGAGAGACUGGUUCAGUUACCCACAGUACUCCAUGGCCUUAAAAGUUUUGGCAUGGAUGGCAGCCAAUUAAGUAUUUGUAUGUUUUUUUUCCCAUCAAAUGCAAGCAAACAGAAAACGUUUUGUGUCCCUUACUGAACAGAACCGAGUGAAAUUAUAAUGAACACUCCAAGUAGAGUUUGGCAUCAUUUCAAUGCAAAGAAUGUAGCGAAUCUAGUAAUAGUGGCCAAAAUUUAGAUAAUCAAGAGAUGAAGCAGAUAUAAAAUUAUAUCAUUUCCUCAAAGGCCAUAAAGCAGGAUGACCAAGGCAGCUCGAGCAUCAUUUUUCCUAAACGUUUAGUCAUUCAAGAGCAAGUAUUUAUUGCGAGUUUUACUUCAUUUAAUGACCACUUUCAUCCAUUUCAAUUAAAAUAUUUAGGUCCGAUUGAGUACGUUUGAAUGAAUUUUAUUUCUUAACGUGACAUCUAUAGUCAGAUUCAUUAAGCUGGUCAUGUCAAUGGUAGGACGAAUAAACCGAUUGGCAGGGAAUCAUUUUUCUAGUAUUUUUCAAUUAAAUUCACAGCCAAAUGAUGAACGAAAAGUCAGCAAGUUCAAAGACUGGCUGGAAUCUAAGUGUUGUAUGUCAAGGGAGUAAGGCCGAGACACUUCAGUGCCCUGUAGACUCAAAGAGGUCAGAUGUUGGGGCAGGUUACAAGACCCUUGCAGAAAAUAAUCACCAAUUUAAUCAACUGGGAUGAAUGCCAGUUCAAAUAAACUUAUCUACACUGAAUGAAGGUGACGGAAUAGAAAGUACGUUUUUGCGUUACAAGGCCCGAUAGCAUAAGAGUUACUAUUUGCCAAAAAAGAGCAUGCUCCAACACCACAUGAAUCAGUGAACAGUAAAUAUACCCGAUCUAGUGCCUCAACCUCUUCACAGGUAGACGACUCGGAGAAGAGUUGCUAUUUUUGUGUUCUGCUGGGUGCCUUGAAAAAUCUGCUUCGUAAUGUUUGCACUUUUGAAUUGGAUGCUAGUGUCCGGAAAUGUGCCUUUGUUCUUCAAGAUCAGAAGCUGUUGGCCAAAUUGAGUGCCAGAGAUUUGCUAGCUUUAGAAGCAAGCUAUCAUUCUUUGUGUAUAACUUCGCUGUACAAGAGAGCUGAAACAGUUUGCAUAGACGAGGCCGCUGAUACCAAAUUUCAGCUUGAAGGUACUACACCUGCAGCGUUUAUCACCUAUAUUGAAGAUGCUCGUGAAUCCAGAGAUUCAAUUACUGUAUUCAAAUUGGUUGAUCUAGCUAAUGUGUAUACCACACAGAUGGAGCAGUUGGGUGCAGAUAAAGGCCCGUGUCCAUACUACACGACUAAAAGAGCACCUUUUAUCCCACAUUCCUGAGCUUGAAGCCUACAAACAAGACUGUGACAUUUUCCUUGGUUUCAAGGAAGAUCUUGCACCAGCAGUACGUAGUGUUUAGAGAUGAUUGCAACGAUGACGCAAUUCAUUUCGUCAGAUCAGCAAGAAUUAUCCAGAGAGAUAUGCUAGAGUUGAAAAGCACAUUUAAUGGUCUUUUCGAACCCAACUGCCAGAUCGAGUCUAUACCAACAUCACUGCUAGCUUUAGUUAACUUGAUUCUGUAUGGACCAAGCAUUCAGACCCAAGCUUCUUCUUAUGCAAAAUCCCAAGCAGGACUUAGUAUUUCUGCUGCAAUAUAAUAGCUUCGUAUGUCGGCGGGAUGCAGAUCGUAAACGAGAAUGCCAUAAUAAGGCAAGAGAGACACCACUUCCAAUCUACAUUGGGUUAACGCUUCACGCUAAAACCUGCAGCCGUGACCUUGUAGAGAAGCUACGUGAAUUGGGAUUGUCGAUAUCGUAUGACAGAGUACUCACCAUUUCAACAGACUUGGGAAACUCUAUUUGCCGUCAGUGCCAUCAAGAUGAUGUUGUGUGUCCACUAAGUCUUCGUAAGGGGUUGUUCACGUCAUCCGCCGUCGAUAACAUCAACCAUAACCCAAGCUCGACAACUGCUCAUGACUCGUUUCAUGGCACUGGGGUAUCACUUUUUCAGCAACCCACAGCUCAAGUUCCAGGGGUUUGCAGAAACAGAGUAUCCCUUAACCAGGCCACUUCCACUGGUAAAGUCAGUUUUCUGAAUUACCAGAGUCCUACAACCAAGUUCCCCCAGUUUUACUUCCUAGUAAGAAUCCAUCUGUGUCCGUGGUGCAAAGUGGCAUGUGAGGAAAUGGUGAGAUUGUUGCAAAAGCAAUUGCAGAAGAAUUUGAAUGGCUGGAAGAGGUGAAAGAAACAGUUUCAAAUGCUAGUCAGGGUCUGCCACAGAAAAAAUGCAUUUCAUGGUCAGUCUAUCAGUCAAACCAAGAUGGAAAAGAAGACAAAAACCCUGAGCCUGCGAUAUGAUCUCUGUUGCCCCUCUUUCCUGACCACACGAAAUCAGCUGCAAUGAUAUGCCAUUCCUUGAACAUCAUCAAAACAUGCGUAGACCACCUUAACUACAGUCAGAUUCCAGUAGUAGCUAUUAGGUGGCAUGCCUGUGAACUAGCUAGGUGUAGCUAAGCACAUUGACCACUAUAAACAACAACCAACAACACUUUGAAUUUGGAUCAGCCAUUGUACGCAGUAGCUAAGCAGAUUCAAUGGAAUUUUCCAGAAAGGUAUGGAGAGAGGCGAUUUGUUAUCAUGUUCAGAGGGCUUCACAUUGAAAUGGCCUUCCAGAAAGCUAUUGGAGGGUGGUUGGAGGGAAGCGGAUGGGAGGCUGCUCUAACUGAAGCCAACGUUGCAUCAGCAGGUCCUGCAGACUCUUUCCUCAAGGCCACAAGCGUCACCCAUACACGUUGUGCUCAUCAGGUAACAGCAAGUAGUCUCUAUGUGCUUCUAACCAAGUCAUACACAAGCUAUAAAGAGAGUUUAGAGCCAGAAGCUGAUGUUGUGUCAUUCAGUGAUUGGUGUCUGAAGAAGGUAGCUUCUUUCCCACAGUUCCACGUUUGGUACCUCACACUUCAACUGGAACUGCUGCUACUGGCGUUUGUAAGGUCAUUCCAGGAGGCCAAUUUUGAGCUCUACAUUGAGGCACUUUCGAAGAUGGUUCCAUGGUUCUUUUCGCUGGACCAUACAAAUUAUGCUAGAUGGUUACCAAUUCACCUACGAUAUAUGUACUGUCUGAAUGAUGUAGCACCAGAUGUUGCUGUUCAAUUCCAGCAGGGAAAGUUUGCUGUGAGCAAGACAUCAAACCCUUUCUCAGCUAUCCCAAUUGACCAAGCUCAUGAACAAAACAAUGCUCUUGUGAAAGGAGAGGGUGGAGCUGUGGGGUUGACAGUUGAGGCCAGCAUGGUAACAGAAUGCACAGAGACUGGGCAGAGUGCAAAACACCAUGAAGAUACCAGAAGUUUACAAUCGCUGUUUUAUAGAGAUGUUGUAUCGCUUACCACAACAAUUGAAGAAAUGGGCAACCCCUUCAUGGAGGAAACCGACAAUCUCUUUGCCUUAGAUACCAAACAGAUAAUGAGUUUGGAUGCAUUGGUAAGACUGCGCAAGGGAGAAGAGGUUGGAAUGGCACAGUAUGAGUCUUUCAUAGCUGAACGCUUGAUGCAGGAAAGCAAGUCACUGUGUACCCCAAUAAAGAGGAACAAUCUUCGUGUGUUUAAUGACCCUGCAUCAAACGUGGCAUCUAAGACCAAGCAGCAAUUGUCAUCUGUAAGGAAUGAUUGCUUGCUCUUUUCAAGGUUAUACAUCUCUUGCCAGAUGAGGGAAGGAAUCUGGAUGAGUUUUUCCAGCAUGAAAACCAAAGUUGUCCACCAGCGCUGUCACAGGAUGGUAAGUUGCGCCUACUUCAGGAAAAGUCGGAACUAGCAGUAUGUCUCCUGUCCUUCACAACUCCACAAUUGAACGUGCCCAAAGAAAUCGAUGCCAUCAUCAUCAAUGGAUCAGUAAUAGUAAAUAUGAUCAAGCCUACAACAGAAAAGACACUUGCAGAAUAUUCAAGACAGUCCUUUCUGCCCUACAUUCAAUCUCAGCUCUCUCAUGCAAAGUGCCUUGAUGUCAUAUAGGAUGAAUAUAUUACAAACAGUUUAAAGGCCACUACUAGAAGUAAACGAGGGCAGGGAGCCAGGAGGCAUGUACAGCCGUCCAGUCAAAUACCACGCAACUGGCAGCAGUUCCUACAGAGUGAAGAAAACAAGCAAGAACUUUUCCAAUUUCUCGCUCAAUGUUUAGUAUCCUUAUAUGAAGAAAAGUUUUUAAAUUUUAAAUUGUUAAUUAUUUACGUAAUAGAUAUUUUAAAAUUUUAA